AUGUCCGCGCAACCCCCGGGCGGCAGCAUGAGCACCAAGCGGCCCCGCACAGACGCCGCGAGCGGGGACGGCGACUGGACGUGCCCCGCGUGCGGCAACGUCAACUUCUCCUUCCGCACGUCCUGCAACAUGCGCAAGUGCGGCGCGCCCAAACCCGCGCCCGGCCCCUCGCUGAUGCAGCCGCUACCGCAAUACGCGCACGCGCCGUCGGGGGCAACGGCCCCCAUGUCGGGGGAUGCGGGCGCGCCCAUGCACGCCAUGCACGCGAUGCCGCCCAUGCAGCCGCUCGGCGCGCCCUACAUGCCCGCCAUGCCCCCCGCGCACUACGCCCCAUACCCCCCCAUGCCCUCCCCCGCGCCCAUGUACGGGGGGCCCGCCAUGCCUCCGCCCUAUGACCCCUCGGCGCACCUCGCUCCGCCAUACAUGCCGCAAGCCAUGCCCCACAUGCCCAUGCCGCCAGGCCCCCUGCCCCGCCCCUGCCGCCCACUCUCUAUCUGCACCCCGUUGCUCCUGCGCCUCUGCCCGCGCAGCCGCCGCGUGUGCAGGCAGCAGCACCGGAGGGCAGUUGGGAGUGCAGUGAGUGCGGCAACGUCAACUACCCCUUCCGCUCGCACUGCAACCGCCGCCACUGCGGCCGCCCACGGCCCACACACGGCGCCUCUGCUGCUGCCGGCACAGGAGGGGGAGACGCUGCUGCCGCCCCCCCUGCAGGUGUUAAACAGGAGUAACGGCGGCAGCAUCAGGCAGUCUGAAGAUUCGCAGACGAUGGUCACCCGCUGCUAUCUUGCCAUCAGCCACCUCGAGUCUUGCUGUGCUGUCACGCGCAGCCAUGGCAUGGCGCCAAGGGCCUCUGGUAAUGCCAUUCUGUCAUGGCCUUGCACAUAG